AUGAUGCUCCUCUCAAGCCAGUUACAAGGCGAUCUACAAGGUCUACAAUUUCGCAAGCCGAUUGCCGACCAGAAAAAAGGCCUCCAAAAAUUGCCCCAAAGGGCAAAGUCAAGACAAACUCAACUCCCUCUUCACCGACUUCUGCCCCGACGGACCCACAGCACCAUCCCCACGCCCUUCCCUCUCCGCACCAGCCAAGAAUUCCCCACCCGCUUCCCCAUCUACACCUACCGCGCCAUACCCACCCGUUUCCGCCUCCGGACCCAUCUCAUCAUCCCCACUCCCUCCCUCCUCCGCAAUCAAGCCACUAUCCCCACCCCCUUCCCCUCCGCACCCGAUCCAUCAUUCCAACUCCCUUCGCCCUCUGGACCCGCACCAUCUUCCCCAAUUUCCUCCCCCUCUGGACCCGCGCCACCUUCCCCCGUCCCUUCCCACUCCGGACCGGCGCCAUCUUGUCCAUUUCCUUCCUUCUCUGAACCGGCGAAGCUAUCUCCACCCGCUGUACCACCAGUCGAUGUCGGCGAAAAUGGCGACGUGGUCUCUAUAAUCGAAUCACUAACAUCCUUGAGAAAUGAUCUGCCCCCUUCUUCAGAUGAGAAGUUAGGAAACGUGGAGGACAUCCACACUGACCCACCAACUCAUCAUGAAGUACCGAACGUGGAGGACAUCCACACUGACUCCCCGAAUCCAAACCGUCUCCAUCGACAGAUGAAUAGCGAACCGUACCCUUACAAUGUACGCGUAGCAAUCACCCAACCACUUGCUCUUUUGAUGUCCUCAUCAGAGCACACAGGAGAAGAGUCAUUGCUCAUGAUGGCGGAUGUUAUACGCCAGUUUGCAAAUGUCGACGUCAUCUUGAUGCCUAUUAUACUUCAUGGUCAAUUUCAUCUCCUCGUACUCGAUAAAGUGAAGAAGGAAUAUAUUCAUUAUUCCUCGUCUGUCAGUCUGAAAUAUGAUCAAGAUGCCAUCCACAUGCAAUUGAAUUUCGGUAAUACUGCUUAA